AUGUUCAACUUUGGAGGUGGCAAUAACAACGCAGGUGGUGCUGGAGCUGGAGGUGGGCUAUUUGGUAGUAAACCUGCUGGAAACUCGACGUUUUCCUUUGGUCAAGGUGCUGCCAAUAACACUCAACCACAACAACAAACGGGCACUGGAUUCUCCUUUGGAAGUAAUAACCAGCAGAACAACACUACUGGAGCUGGUACAGGACUUUUUGGGGGUUCUCAACCGAACAAUUCAACCUCGGGUGGCCUCUUUGGGAAUCAAUCUGGUAACAAUACUGGAAUGUUUGGUAAUAAGCCAAAUGGUGCACCUCCUAGUACCGGGCUUUUUGGACAGCAGCAACAGCCACAACAACAGCAACCAAGUGGAGGGUUAUUUGGCAAUCAGGGGACUUCUAGCACAGGAGGAGGAUUGUUUGGGAACAACAAUCAAAACCAAAAUCAAACAAGUACCGGGGGAUUAUUCGGAAACACGAAUCAGAACCAGAAUACUGGAGCCACUGGUAGUGGUGGAUUGUUUGGAAACGCGAAUCAGAAUCAGAAUACUGGAGCCACUGGUAGUGGUGGAUUGUUUGGAAACGCGAAUCAGAAUCAGAAUACUGGAGCCACUGGUAGUGGUGGAUUGUUUGGAAAUACCAAUCAGAAUCAAGGAACCGGCGGUGGACUCUUUGGGAACACUAAUAACCAGGCUCAAAGCAUCGGCGGAGGUGGGCUUUUUGGUAACAACACGCAAAAGCCUGCCGGAACUACAGGUGGUGGAUUGUUUGGUAACACCGGUCAAAAUACGCAAAGUAAUAAUACUUUAGGAGGUGGGUUGUUCGGCAACAAGCCAGCUGGGACAUCUACUACUGGUGGUGGUUUGUUUGGCAGUAAGCCUGCGGGAAACACUGGUGGUGGGUUGUUUGGUGGCCAAACAACGAAUACUAACACUUUGGGAGGGAGCCUCUUCGGCAGUAAACCACAAGGUCAAGCUACCGGUGGUCUCUUUGGUAAUACUAACAACAAUACUAACUCAGGGUUGUUUGGCGCUUCACAACCGCAGCAGAAUCAAUUCGGUCAAGCCAAUGGUCCUUCCAUGAGCACAAACGUACAGCCAUCAUUCGCUUGGUCUCAACCGCAGAAUAAUCAACUAACCUUGCAACAACAACAACAACAACAACAACAGCAGCAGCAGCAGCAAUUCCAACAACAACAGCAACAACAACAGCAACAGCAACAGCAGUCGUCACAGCUAAGCCAAGUCCAACAACAAUAUCUCAAUUAUCCUCAACAGAUUCAGGAACAAAUAGUGAAAUGCAAAGACUCAUGGGAUCCAACAUCAAGCAAGACAAAACUAAGAGCAUUUGUAUACAAUAAGAUCAAUGGAACUGAUGCUCUUACUUACAACAAACCGAUGAAUAUUUCCCAAGAAGAAUGGGACGAAGCGCUUGACAAGAAACCUUCACCCAAUGUCAUACCCACGGAAGUGCUUGGAUUUGAAGGCUUGAAUCAACGCACACAGUUGCAAAGGGAAAACGUUGCUCAAGCUCGUGUGAUACUCAACCAGAUCUUAGAGAACUCCACUCAAUUGCAACAAAAGCAUGAGCUAGACACAGCAGCCAGAAUUGUGAAGGCGCAGUCAAGAAACACUCAAAUCGGUAAGAGAAUCCUCGGCUUGGGAACUAGAUUGGCUAUCUUGAAGAGUAGGGGAUUGCCUCUGAGCGUAUCAGAAGAGAAAAUGUGGUCUCAAUUCCAGGCUCUACUGCAGCGCAGUAACGAUCCCGCUGGUUUGGGUAAAACCAAUGAAUUGUGGGCUCGUCUUGCAGUCCUGAAAGAACGUGCCAAGAAUAUCUCAGAUCAAUUGGAUAAUACUUUAGUAGUGAUUACUGAAAAUGGCGGUAAAAUUUCUGAUCAAACAGGUCACGGCCAAGUCGAUAAUGAGAGAGCUGAUGAUGAAGUUGAAAAGAGAGUUGACAAGAUUGUCGAGACUCUAAGUAACCAACAGCGUGGUAUAUGUUACCUAAACGAAGUCCUGGAUAAAGACCAUAAAGCCAUGGACAAGGCAUUAAAAAGUAGCAAUCGUGUAGCAUAA